AAGUUUGAACUUGUUCAUCUCUAUUUUCUCUUCUCAUUAGUUUGAUCAGGUCGAAUAUACACCUUGCUUUAGCCUAUAUACAGAAGAAAAAUUAUGCAAAUUCAAAAUUAAAAAAAACAUUAUUAUAGCCAGCUACCAUGAAAGUGUUUUCAGUAUUCUUCUUCCUGCUAGCUACAGUUGUAGCAACGUCCCGCGGUAGCCAGGAUUCUUCAGACUCAUCAUGCCUCAGUUGGCGAUUUGCCGUGGAAGCUAAUAAUAUUAGAGGAUGGAAAACAGUUCCCAAAGAAUGUGAAAAGUACGUGGGGCAUUACAUGCUAGGCUAUCAGUACAGGAAAGACUCCAAAGCCGUCACUGAUGAGGCGUGGCGCUAUGUUAAAAGCCUCAAGCUCCCCCGCGACGGCAGAAACAUAUGGAUCUUUGACGUUGACGAGACCUCUAUCUCUCAUGUGCCUUUUUUUUCCAAGCAUGGAUUCGGGGCAGAACCGAUUAACAAAACGUUGGCGUAUGAAUGGGUCAACAAAAGCAAAGCGCCAGCUUUGCCGGAGAGUCUUGAGCUUUACAGGAAGCUAUUGUCUCUUGGGAUCAAGGUCGUGUUCCUGACGGGAAGAGCUGAAGAAUGGAGGAAGGUCACUGCAACCAAUCUGAAGAACGUUGGAUACCACACUUGGGAGCAACUUAUCCUCAGGGCGUCAUCUUAUCCGACAAAUGCAACAGUUGAAUCAUAUAAAUCAAAUGAAAAAAGGAAGCUUGAGGAGAUUUAUGGGUACAGGAUUAUCGGAAACAUAGGUGAUCAAUGGGCUGAUAUUCAGGGGAUCCAUCGAGGCAACCGCACGUUUAAGCUGCCUAAUCCAAUGUACUACGCACCAUAGUUAAAUGCUAUGAAUUCGGUUUCCGGAGAAUAAAAAAACUUUGUCAUAUAUAUUUUAAUGUAAAAAUUAAGGGGAUUGAUGAUCUUGCUCAAUCCGCUACCAUAGAAUAGUGUGUACACAUGGUCAAAUUUAACGUAUCUUUGGAUAUCCCAAAUGGUAAGGGCCAAUUAUAGAUAGUUUGAACAUGUGUAUGGUCUCACGUUCAAUUCCAAAUACUAUGAAUUCGGUUUAUGAAGAAUUAAUAAAAUCACAAUCCCUUUAAUAUUUUAAA